AUGAAGUCCAUCGUGCAUCUCACCUUCGCGGCCACGCUUGCCGCCACUGUCGCUGCUCAGCCUCAGCAUCAUCACCAGCAUCAGCAGCUUCACAAGAAGCACAUCGCGUCGCCCGUCGAGAAGCGUGAGCCUGAUGCCGUCACCGUCUACGAGGUGGGCCCGACAGUGACCCUGUACGAGCUCGCCGGAGAGCACGUUGCGGCCGAAAAGGCCAAGGAGGGCAUCGAGGACGGUCUCUACGUCGUCGUCGGCGAGAGCAAGCCCGAGUACACCCCGCCGCCUCCUCCUCCUCCUCCUCCCCCGUCCACCUCCGAGGUUCCCACCCCGACGCCUGUAAUGGCGGCUCAGUUUUUCGAGUCCAAGGAGCUGUCCACCUCGACGCCACUGCCCGAGACGACCCCCGAGCCCACGCCUACCACGAGCUCGGUCGCCCCUCCUCCCACCACCACCGCCGUCAAGGUCGACAAGGGCAGCAGCAGCUCGGGCGGCCAGGGCAUCAACUCCAAGUUCGACAGCGGCAAGGUCAAGUGCUCCCACUUCCCCUCUGACUACGGCGCGCUCGCCGUCGAUUACCUAGGCACCGAUGGCUGGAUCGGCGUCCAAAAGGUGCCCAAGUACUCGGUCGGCGAUGCCUCCAUCAGCUACAUCGAGACGGCCGUCAACGAGGGCUGCACUCCUGGCUCCUUCUGCUCGUACGCCUGCCCCGUUGGGUACCAGAAGACCCAGUGGCCCUCGGCUCAGGGCGACACGCUUCAGUCUAUUGGCGGCCUCUACUGCAACGCAGACGGCUACCUUGAGCUCAGCCGCCCGGAGUACGACACUCUUUGCGAAAAGGGUGCUGGCGGUGUCUGGAUCCAGAACGAUCUUGACGAGACCUCGUGCGUCUGCCGCACCGACUACCCCGGCACCGAGUCCAUGGUCAUCCCGACCAUUCCCCAGCCCGGUGAGAAGGUUGCCCUGACCAACCCCUCAGCCAACGAUUACUACGUCUGGAACAACCUGCCCACCACUGCCCAGUACUACGUCAACAAGAAGGGCCUGCCUGUUGAGGACGCCUGCACCUGGAACAGCCCCGUCGAUCCCAAGGGUGCCGGCAACUGGGCCCCCAUCAACAUUGGUACCGGCAAGGCCGCCGACGGCAACACGUACAUCUCCAUCUUCCCUAACCUGCCUACCAGCACGGCUCAGCUUGACUUCAACAUUGAGAUUAUUGGUGACGUCAACACAAAGUGCGCUCUCAUCGACGGCCAGUACACUGGUGGCGGUUCCACCGGCUGCACCACAACCCUGGCUGGCACCAAGGGCGAGGCCAUCAUCCGCUUCUACAAGAACUAAGCGGCGACGAUGGCUUCAGCGACUCGGGACCGUAUUGCGUGGCCUUACGAGGCGUGAACUUUUGAUACCUUUGGACGAUACCCUGGACUCCGGAUCGCACGGGAUUGGCACCAGGACGAACUUGACUGGCAACAUCCCAAUCGUUUGGUCUCGCGCAUUUUGCUUCACCCUAUUCGGAUCUGGCUGUGCAUAUGUUUCGUGAAUUGGAAAUGUUAAGUUGGAGAGACGACGGGUUGACGUAGCGGAAGCAUCGGAUCGGAGACAGAGAUAACAGACCAAGGUUAUUCGGGAAGGAAAAACAACGACAAGGACGUUUCCGGAUAGUCAACCGUCUGUUGCUAGACCAUUUCCUUUGUUUAUUCUGCUUUUGUUACCUCGAUCUUUGUGCAUUUGGCUUGCGCGCUUGCGUUGCUUUGCUCUGUAGCUGGCCGCGACAGGGUGCAUUGGUGGAGACCGACUACCUUGUGGCGCUUAUGUGCUAUGUAUGGCAUCGGAUCAGAUGAUGCUUUGUCCGUGUAUGUAUUUUACUGCUUUGGCCGACCUAUAUAAUUCCGAUGUGCAAUGCGAUGACGUUCAAUUUG